AGACUCCGGGGGACUCGGGCCUCUCUCGCAGCCAGAGUAAACCCUCCAGUAUUGUCUGUGAGGAGAUGGGUCUCUCCAGUGUUCCCCCCUUAAUGGGAAUGGAUUGGUCUCCCUCGUCCCCGCAGCCACACGUCAGGGCCUGUAUGUCGGCUGAGGAUCUACUCCAGCUGGCAGGCUUCAGACGGGGCCUCCAGACGGCUGCAGGGGGGCUCCAUGGGGGGAAGGUGGGGACCCGAGGGACACCAGGGUCUCCUGGUGACGACGGCAGCUUCUCUCUGCUAGGGGACAUGGAUGAUAUGACCCAGGUCUACCAACACACCCUGGACAUCAGCAGCAAUCUGACCUAGAGGAGGUGGAGUUGGGAGUUUGGAAGGGAAGGGACAUGGGAAGGACAGACACACACUUGAACCCUC